AUAUGAUCUGGAAUUCACACGUUUAAGGGCUUACCUGUUCAAGAAAAUAAUGAGCGAAGUAGAGUAGAACCUAUCGUCAUUUCUACCAAGUUUUACUGUCAAUUGUACAGAACUGAACUUGUACGGGUUUAAAACGCCAGUGGGAGUCGAAUACUCCACAAAACAGCCUUCUUUGUAGCGAAAAAGACCAUUGUUUUGAGUAUCGUCCAUUCAUAUGUUUUCACAUAAUGAAUCAGGUUGGGAGCUGGACCUGAUCCUCUGGACCAGAACCGUACCUGAACCUGAAUUUCCUGUACCGGUACCCACCCCUAAUGGAGAGAGAGGGCUUUCAGAUUCUCCUUGCUACUCAUCCAUUGAAUAGAAGAUACACAAUGUUUGACACAUCCCUUCUCAACUUUUCUCAUAGUAGACCAAAGUUUCAAAAUCUCUCAAACCUUCAACCUUUUCUUACCAUCUCCCAUAUGUUUCUGCAUAUUGCCGUGGCAACACCACUACGUUGGCUGCAGGUAGUAAAUAACCUGAGAGAUUACUCCUAUGUUGUUGAGUACCACCUGCUGUCGGCUUUGUAGUGAGCCUGCCGGGGUGUCAGAAUGCUCAGAAAUCAAAGUAGACAGCGGAUUGGCUGAGGAUUCAUGGUGCGAAACGUCACCAUGGCAACCCUCAUUUCAUAUCAUCAACAGAUAUAUAAUGAAGGUCGUUCCAGGUAGUUCAGACCGCUUGGUUGCGCAGUUCAGGCAGUUUGAGAGCAUCACAUCCUCCGAGUCUCUAGUCGCCACCAUCGUUUGCCUUCGGUCUGACCAUGUCAGGUGAUAUAGAACAGGUUAUCAAUGCCUCCAUCAAUGGAUCCGUCAACGGUACUGAUGUGGACGAGUAUGCCGCAGAUGUGACCGGGCUACCGGCGGAGGUGUUGGUCGCUGCGGUGUUCCUGGGGCUCGCCGCCGCCGUGGGCACCCUCAACAACCUGCUGGUCAUCAUCGCCUUCCUCAGCAGCUUCAAGAUUCGCACCUCAUCGAAUGCCCUGAUCUUCAACCUGAGCCUUGCUGAUUUCCUGCUGUCCGGCCUGGUCCAGUCGUUCACGGUGUUCUCUCUGGUGACGGGGACGUGGCCGUACUCCGCGCACCUCUGCAGGUUCCUAGCGGCCCUAUCGUACAUGUGUCAGGUGGUGAUGGCCUCCUCGUGCGCGCUCAUCGCCAUCAACAGGUACAUCUUCAUCGUCAGGAGCCUGACCUGCUACAAGACCAUCUUCACUCCCCUCAACACCACCACAGUAAAAUAUAAUGGAAAUCCGUCUUUCCUAUGUACCGUUAUCCUUGAAAGAAAGAGAAUGGCGGUGGCUACCUGGGCCGUGGGGAGCCUGAUGAUCCUCCCGCCGCUGGUAGGGUGGAGCAGCUUCGGCUGGAACACGGACUGCGAGAUCGAGAACGUCAACCCCGAGACGUACGGCUACGUCUCCUUCUGUCUCAUCUUCGUCUUGGUAUCUCUGGCCAUCACCGGUUUCGUGUAUCAAAGAAUCUACAGCCACGUCAAGGCUUCGGGCGAGCGGAGCAACCCAAACGUCCCCCGAAAACAGGCCAAACGACGGUCCUUCUGGCCGCCCAGUGUCAAAACCAGAGUCGAUAGAAAUGAAGCAAUCUCAGAAAUCUAA